CAUGUUUCGAAUGAAUCGAUAUACCGUGUGCGUUAGAAUUGACUAGCGCAGUGUCACCAUCCGCCGAGCCUGGACUCGAAGAUCUCGCGGAGGACGGAGCAGACGACAGAUAAACGGGCAGACGACAACUGAACGACAGGCCACAAGCAGGCUGAGUGAUCCGUUUCGAGGAGACAGUGUACAGACAAUUGCGUUGGGCAUACAUCCUAUUUGUUGGUGACUUUUGGUGGCAAUUCACCAAGAAAUUCAAGGGAUAUAUAUAGAGCCAGUUUACUGAACAUACAGUCAUGUGUGCUAUGUUCUUCAGGUUGAAGAAGCCUGGGAAAGACGAGAAGAUCGUCACAAGGCCAGUCGGAGUGCGGGAUAAGAGCGGCAAAGCCUACAUCACGUGUUGUUGGGAGGUCGAAUUCGGCCAACAGAAAGUGGCAAUAACAUUCUCUCGAGACAGUAUGUGUGUGUACCUUGAUGACGACCCAAUCCAGACAGAAAUGCUGAUUAAGGACAAAGGAUACGACGUACACAUCUGGUGGGAGAACCAUCUAGGAAAUUUCUAUAUCUUCAGUGAUGUGGACGUGGACAAGUCUGACAAGCCAAUGGUCAAUUACCUGUACAUCAACGACAAGCUGGUGUCCAAGAAGAACUACAAGGAACACAAGAAGCGGCAACUGGUGCCAGAGAUACCUAAAAAACCCAUCGAUAUAUACCUGGCGGAGUGCCAGAUGGAGCAGCAGGAACAAGGUAGCAAGUAACUGAACUAAAUCUGAACAAGGGAGGAAGUACACUCACCAACCAUCUUGGAGGAGGACACAGCAUGAAGCAUGUUCCACGGGGACUUAGGCUCUUAUCAGUGGACCCUAGAUUGUCCUUCACUUACAAUCAUUUUGUGAAUACUAGAGGUGAACUUGUUUUCCGCAAGUUUUUCAGCAUGUCGAGAAAGCUGCAAAACGAAAUCUUGGGCAGUUUUCAAACUGUAGAAUGAACAUGCACGAUUUGACUAUACAUAUUGUACAUUUGGCGACGAGAAGUCACUAGAUCCGAUGUCACGUCCUAUAGCUUACAGGCCAGAUGUUAUACCUAUCUCACCUAGCGAACCACCUCUGUAUUAUAUAUUUCAUUUGUAUAACCUUCACCUGUGUUUCUACAUUUAUACCUGCACGGGAUAAGUAAGUAAAUAAGUAAUACGUAUGUAUUUACGUCCCUUGGCCACGUAGGUCCUGCGCACAACACUUGAACUGCAGGGAUAAAUAAGCAACGUAACUUAGAACCAUCUGAGUUUUGAAACUGUGUUAACAUUUUCGUUUGGUGUUAUCAAUGUCAUACGUGAUAGACAUCCAGGAAAUUGGGCUUUUAGAUCAAACGGGAUUCGUAUUUAACCUUAAGAGCACUGGUAUGUUUGAUUAUUCAUUUUCGUUCAUUUGAAAUGAAAAAAAAAAUUCUAGUCUAGAAGAACCACUAAGACAAACUGUUUUAUCGGGAAUAAAUACAUAAGCAAUUUAACCUGGUUAACUCGAACUUCUAUAACUCGAUUACGACGUUAUGACUAGUCCCGGCAAUAUUCCUAAUGGCGUUGGAGGUACAUUCGGAAUACCGCUUAUGUCGAUCUACGGAUAACCCGAUAUGUUUCAGGUGUUCCCUAGGACUUCGAGUUAAGGAGGUUUGAGUCUGUGGUGCAGACAUUAUCCACUGACGUGUUCCCAUAACGCUGUCCAUAGUAGGUUUAGCUGUGACGUCACAUCCCAAGAUGGCGCCCAUUGUGGGGCGCAACAACGUUAUACACCCGCAAUGUGACGUCAAUAAUAAUAAUAAUACACCCCGUGACGUAAUACACACCGUCAACGUAAGAUUAUACCGCAAUGUGACAUCUCUCCAAAUAUCAACAGGUCACACUGUUCGAGUGUAUGAGGGCAACACACAGUUGUAAUGUCUUAUAGUUUGUAUCUAUGUAUACAAGGAAUAAACGAUUUAUUUAA